AUGAGCACAAGAUACGGAGAGGACCAAUUAAACCAAAGAGACUCUAAGAGGACGCGGUUAUUUGGUUCCAGUAUGAAUUUUGAAGAUGAGACCGGCAAAAGGUCAUCACCAUAUCAAAGUUCCACUCAUCUUGAUUAUUCACAAGAUAGGUUAGCUCAACUAGAGUCGCAAAGUGAGGAGCAAGUAGGUAUAAUGGCAGAAAAGCUUCGUUCAUUGAAAACACUCUCUUUGAAGAUGGGUGAUGAGAUAAGAGGAAGUAACAAGACGUUGGACCAGCUAGGUGAUUCAUUUGAUACAACAUCAUUAAAAUUGAAAAAUACAUUUUCAAAUAUGAUGGAAAUGGCCAAGAGAUCAAGAAUAAGUAUAAAAACAUGGCUUCUGAUCUUCGCUCUUGUUAUAUUGGUAUUUUUCUGGGUUUGGAUCACAUAA